AUCAUAUUUCCUUUUCAAAAAAUUUCAAAAACUAACCUAAACAUCUUUCAAACUUUCGAUAAAAUGCUAACUCCAUUUUGGAACGGUUAAUGCAAGAUUAAUUUUGCAUUUGGCCUGAAGAGAAAAAAUAAGUCUUGGUAACACCUACACACACAUUUACUGGUCACCACCCCAACACCUACACUCACACCCGCCACAAGCAGACACACCAAAGCCACCGAAGAAAAAGCGAAAAUAAUUCUGUGAAGGUUUCAAAUAAUCAGCAAAACUGUUUUGCGACGAAGUUAGCAUUUUAAGCUCUGUUCUGCUCCCCGAUGAGUUAUUUGUGGCAUUGAGACGCUUCCUGGGAAGCCAGCAGAAUUGCACAGCAAACUCCACCUCGCCUGAUUCCUGCUUGGACGCAUUAGUUACCACCAAUACCGGAAACAGCGCCGACUGCCAAAAUCUCAUCCAAGAUCCUGGGAAUUGCUCCUCCUCAAUGCCACGAAGUCCUUUCGAGUCAUCUAAAGGAAGUCGGCCCUACGAGGAGGGCAGCAGACAGAAUGCUCCAUCAACAUCGCAUCAUGGGCAAUCACCCUGCUGCAAAAAUGAUGGCCCACCAUCAUGUUGUAGUAAAAAUGAUGGAAUUAAAUGCUGUGAGUCGCGAAAUUGUUUAAACAAUAUAAGAACACGUACAAACGAGCGUUAUAGUGUACGAUCCCAAAGUGCCCCUCCAACCAAAUUCGAUUAUCAUAUUGGAGUAAACACGGUCAUACCAAGGGGGAAGGGGAAUAAAGGUCGUAAUAUUUGCGAGUCCAGCUUACCACCUCGAAUACCUUGCCCCCUGAGCGUUGUAAGAAAUGCCACAGCAUCCCAGAAUUGGGAUGAAUCCUCAGCAGCUGCCUCAAGGAUACAAAUGCCACAACGCCAGUGCUGCCAACAACCAUCCAACCAAAAUUGGCGAUCCAGCAACGAUGCAAUGAAAUUCGAACCCGAUAUAAAUAGCACCAUGGUUGGCCGGAAUGAACGUUGUCAUAGAGAAGAAGAACCCCAGGGAAUGAGUAACAGCUACUGUAUGUCACAAAAUACCAGGUCAAAUUCGAGGCAAUCACGAAGACAGCAGUGUGAAUCUCCUGAAAUGCCAAGAAGAUGUCAGUAUGGAUCUCCUGAGAUGGUAAGGAAGACAGGAAGAAAGUGUGAUACUAUAAAUGAGACAAGUUACAUGAUGCCCCCGGAAGCAUUGAGAAAUCCACGUUCAAGGAGACAGCCAUUUUCAGAUCAAAGUUAUGGGCAAGACAAUUAUUAUCCUGAAAUGUCAAAGCCACAAGCUCAGUCCUGCUGUCGUAGUAAUAAAUCUUCUGCUUGUGGAAAGGUAUCGCCGAAUAACACUUCCGCAAGAUCACCAAAUUCGUCUACAAGACCCCAUAAAACUUAUAUGGAAAUGUCGCAGGCUCUAUCGGGAAGAACGUGUCUCAGUCAAACUGAAAUCGAGAAGGCGAUACAGACGGCUUCCCAUUCUACAAGAUUUCAUGGAAAAUCUCCCGAAGACCGCCUUGCCGAAAGAACAAAAACCGAUUUCCUUCAGUACUUGGUCAAGGAUAGCUUCUGCCCGGGAACCAUACAGGAGAGUCUCAAUGGACAGGGCAACUUCAACGAGCAUGCGUUUGAGAUCUCCUUUGCCGGAUCAGUUCCCUCCAAGCCGUAUCCCGUGGAUCCCAUCACCAUGCUGGAGGCCAUAAAGAUGAGAAUCGACAUCGAACGGGACGAGGUUCGCAAGGCCAAGCAAAAGGAAUGGGAACGACAACACGGUACCAGGGAGAAGACUAAAGACGGGAAACCCAAGCACGCUGGUCCUAUACAACUCGAUGAUAUAGAUGCCUAUUUCGAAGCCCAAAACCAUUCGGAAGUCAAUGAUGGCGUGGCGGCCUUUCUGAAAGCCGAGACAGAGUUCCACGAAUUAAAUAGGGUGACGGAUUCUGGUUUUCAAGCGGAAGUCAAUACCUUGGAGACGAACUUCUUCGAUGACAAAAUAAAGGUGAACCUCUACAAUGCAACCACCCAGCCGUCAUAUAAUUGAUCGGAUCAGAAGUUCUGCUUGAUCGAAGUAAUAUAUUUUUCAGUAAUUGUGGUGUAGUGUAAUGAAAAUAAGAGUUAGCUUUUGGAAAAAAAGGCCUGGCAUUCAUUCAUUAUAGCAUACCCUUUUGGAUUAUCGAGCAGUCAUUCAUAAAACCCCAACCUAUAAUCUCUAUGUAAUAAAAUUUCGAAAAA